GCGUAUUAAUCGCAACAAUACUUGCUUAACAUUGUUUAAAAAUGCUACUGUAUAUGCUGAACCUUUCAUUACUGUGCCAGAUUCCUCCAAAUAACUUAACUGUAAGGAAGAAAAAAUACACUUGUUACGGGAACAACCUUUGCGGCCGGGAAAAUGCAGACAGACCUGUUGACUACAGUACUUCCCUGUUUAACCUAAAAGAAUACGAUCAUCUCAUUGGCUGGAGUGAUUUAUCAAUGUUGCGUAAUGUUAUUGUCACAACGGUAUUUAAAGAGAGGGUUUGUGCAGUUUGAAGAAGUUUUAUGCACAGAGCAGGAAUCCUGAAAGACAAAUCCUAUCACCAUGGCUUGCAUUUACGGCGAUGUUAUGAAGAUUGACACCACAGGCGCAUCAGAUAAAACAGCUAAACAAGACAAACUUACUGUUCAUGGUGUGGAGGCUUCCAACCAACUUGCCAAGAAUGACUCAACCAGGAUGAACAACUACAAGGCGCUGAUUAAGAAGGUGGGAAGUGAACUGAAGAUGGACGCGGCUGUCAUCUGUGGCAUCAUUUCUCGCGAGUCUCGAGCUGGGGCUGCAUUAACUGAUGGCUGGGGUGACCAUGGAAAUGGAUUCGGACUGAUGCAGGUUGACAAGCGACAUCACACACCAGUCGGAGGGUGGAACAGUGAGCAGCACGUCAGACAGGGAACACAGAUUCUGAUUGAUUCAAUCAAUGAGAUCAAGGCUAAAUUUCCAAGCUGGCCGAAAGAGCACAUUUUUAAAGGAGGAAUUGCUGCAUACAAUUUUGGAAGCAAGAAUGUCAGGACUUACGAGCGCCUAGAUGUGGGAACCACUGGCGAUGACUAUUCCAACGAUGUUGUGGCCAGAGCACAAUGGUUCAAAAGGAAUGGUUACUAAGAAUAUUAAACAUUGAAAUGAAAGAGA